CUUGAACGCGUUGGGUGGGCACCUGUGAGACCACUAGCCAUGCGCGACUUGGAGGAGGCCGGCCCUCGACCCACAGCGACCUCCUGCGGGUGCAUGAAGCCGGCUCUGGAGACAGGGAAUCUUUUAACUGAGCCAGUUGGUUACUUGGAAUCCUGUUUUUCGGCCAAGAAUGGUACUCCAAGGCAGCCAUCCAUUUGUAGCCAUUCACGGGCUUGUUUGAGGAUUAGAAAAAGCAUCUUUAAUAAUCCUGAACAUUCCUUGAUGGGCUUAGAACAGUUUUCUCAUGUUUGGAUUUUGUUUGUUUUUCACAAAAAUGGUCAUUUGAGCUGUAAGGCAAAAGUGCAGCCUCCUAGGCUGAAUGGUAUGAAGACUGGCGUUUUCUCUACGAGGAGCCCACAUCGUCCCAAUGCGAUAGGACUGACCCUAGCCAAACUGGAAAAGGUAGAAGGUGGAGCCAUAUACCUUUCUGGAAUUGACAUGAUUCAUGGCACACCUGUACUAGACAUAAAGCCCUACAUAGCUGAUUAUGACUCGCCACAAAAUUUGAUUGAGCCUUUAGGGGACUUUAAUUUACAGAAUAACCAAUGUAAACCAAAAACCAUGUCCCAGUGUGAUGGCAAGACUGAUAGCUGUGACCAGCAACAGCUCUCAGGGUACGAGGAACCACAGCUCUACAGUUGCACUAAGGAGAAACCUAAAUGUCCUGAAGAUAGAACUUCAGGAGAAAACAAUGCAAAACACGACAACUCAGCAAAAAUCCAGCAAAGCUCACCUGAGCCCAGGGAGAGAGCAGCAGUUUUGGGUGAAGAAUCAGAAAGUGGUCCGAGUCCUAGGGUAGCAGAAGAGCAAAGUGGCCCAUGUUGCCUGGAGAAGAGCUUUUCAGAGGAACAAGCAGACAGCAGGCUGAGGAGAGGGGAAGCAGCAGUGGUCCCACAAGGACACAGCACGGAGGUGCCGCCCAAGGCUCUUCCCUGCCCUUCCAGGGCGGCUGGUGCAGCCCACCGCAGUGCGGUCCCCGCCUGGGUGAGAGAGGCUCCCGUGGCCACCUUGGGAGUCCGUUUUACUCCUCACGCGGAGAUGGACCUUGAGCACCUCAGCUCAGGUGAACCAGGUAUUGGUCAGGCUUCAUUUAAAUAUUUUCAGUCAGCGGAGGAAGCAAGGUGUGCCAUCGAGGCUGUGCUGUCAGCCGACCCUCGGUCUGUAUAUCGACGGAAAGUCUGCCAGGAUCGUCUUUUCUACUUUACAGUAGACAUAGCACAUGUCACGUGCUGGUUUGGUGAUGGUUUUGCAGAGGUCUUAAGGAUCAAGCCGGCUUGACCUGUUCAGAUGAGUGACCCUGCGGAGUCCUUGGUGUCUCUGGGAUCGUGAGUAGCCUCCAUCGAGUCUUUAAGACAGCCUAAUUGACUUCAGUAUGGCUGUUGGAUUUUCUGUACAAGCUAAUGAUGUGCCUUCUUUGCAG